CCCUCCUCUCUCCCCUCCAGCGUGGGACCCUCUGCAGGCUCCGUACUCUAAGGACCGUACCAAAACCAGAAGGCGAUGAGGUAAUGAGGGCUCGCGGCAAGGCGCGGGGCCCAGAGUCAGCAGGCAGAGGAGUUUCUGUCAGUCGCUUUCAUUUCUACCCUGGCCUUCUUGAGUCCCUUCCAAUAUGUUGUCUCUGAGAAGUUGUGUUGGGAAAAUUUUCCACUCCAGUCACGCUGCUUCCCCCUACACCCGGAAGAUCGGCCUUCCCAGAGGAACUCCCACACGGGGAGGGGCUGCCGGGAGGAGUGCGAGUGACGUAGCGCGUGAGUGGCGGUCACGUGGCUCGAGGCGGCGCAGGUUCCUUCCGGCUCCCCGGGGCUGGGCCGCGGCGGUGAGCCAGACGCCCUGGCACAUGCGCAGUGGUGCUCCACGUGAACGUCUGCGUUUCUCCUCAGCCCUGGGGAUGCCGCCGGAACGCCGGAGCCGGACGAAAGCAGAGCGGAGAGCCGGCACGAUGCCGGUGAGGCAAGCCCGACCCGGGAGCGGCGGCACGCCCCGAGAGGCCGCCCGUUCAUCCCAACGGGCACCGCAGGCCGGGCAGAGGGCGGCCCCUAGCGCGGUCACUGCGGCUGCGGCGGCGGAGGAGAGCCGGCUUCGGCAGCGGAACCGCCUGGGCGGAGACGCCUCCUUUCUCCGCCCCAAAGGGGCCGCGGCGCUCCGCAGCCAGCCUGCACUGAACCGCUGGCUUGGUCUGCGGGAAGGCCGCCUGCACGCCGGAGUCGGGAGCUUCGCGUUCUCACACCGUCUGCUGGAACCGCACGGGUGCCCGUUGAAUCACCUGUCGCGAUUCCAUUUCGUGGAUGGAACCAAUACGUGGGCAGAAGGCGGUCAACUGCAACGAAGCUCGGAUGACUCUGAAGUGGAAGAUGAAGCAAAAGAUAUUCUUCCUCCUCAGAAGAAACCAGUUUGGGUGGACGAAGAUGAUGAAGAUGAGGAAAUAGUUGACAUGGUGAACAAUCGGUUUCGGAAAGAUAUAAUGAAAAAUGCCAGCGAAAGUAAGCUCUCAAAAGAUAAGCUUCAAAAGAGACUCAAAGAGGAAUUCCAGCAUGCCAUGGGAGGAGUACCUGAUUGGGCAGAACCUGGGCACAAACGAAGAAAAUCUUCAGAUGAUGAAAGUGAAAGUGAAGAGGAUGAAGAUGAUUUGUUGCAAAGAACUGGGAAUUUCAUAUCCACAUCCACUUCUCUUCCAAGAGGAAUUUUGAAGAUGAAGAACUGCCGUCCUGCCAAUGCUGAACGGCCUACCACUGCUCGGAUCUCAUCAGUCCAGUUCCAUCCUGGCGCACAGGUGGUGAUGGUCUCUGGGGUAGAUAAUGCUAUCUCACUAUUUCAGGUAGAUGGCAAAACAAACCCAAAAAUCCAGAGCAUCUAUUUGGAAAAGUUUCCAAUCUUUAAGGCUUGUUUCAGUGCUAAUGGAGAAGAGCUUUUAGCCACAAGUGUGCAGAGCAAGGUUCUUUAUGUCUAUGAUAUGCUAGCUGGAAAGUUAGUUCCUGUACAUCAAGUGAGAGGUUUGAAAGAGAAAAUAGUGAAGCGAUUUGAAGUCUCUCAAGAUGGAUCCUUCCUGCUCAUAAGUGGCAUUGCUGGGUUUUCUCAUUUGCUGUCAAUGAAGACCAAAGAAUUGAUUGGUAGCAUGAAGAUUAAUGGAAGAAUUGCAGCAUCCACGUUCUCUUCUGAUAGUAAGAGGAUAUAUACGUCUUCUGAGAAUGGAGAAGUUUAUGUGUGGGAUGUGAAUUCAAGGAAGUGCAUUAACAGAUUCCUCGAUGAAGGCAGUUUAUGUGGAUUAAGCAUUGCUGUGUCAAAGAAUGGGCAGUACGUGGCUUGUGGUUCUAAGAGUGGAGUGGUAAACAUAUACAGUCAAGAUUCUUGCCUCCAACAAACAAACCCGAAGCCAAUUAAAGCUAUAAUGAACCUGGUCACUGGUGUCACUUCCUUGACCUUCAAUCCCACUACAGAAAUCUUGGCAGUGGCUUCAAGAAAAAUGAAAGAAGCUAUCAGAUUGGUUCAUCUUCCUUCCUGUACAGUAUUUUCUAACUUUCCGGUUUUUAAAAAGAGUACUAUUUCUCGUGUUCAAACCAUGGAUUUUUCUCCCAGAGGUGGAUACUUUGCCUUGGGGAAUGAGCGAGGCAAGGCCCUGUUGUAUAGGUUGCACCAUUACUCAGAUUUCUAAAGAUUUUUUUUUGAAGUCAGCUCUAUAUCCUCAGUUUAUGGGAGUUGGGUGCAAAUAGAUCAGGAGCUGGUCAAAUGACCUGAACCUUCCUUGGAAUUUACUAAUCCCAAUCAAAGUGGUCUGCCUCCUCUUCUGAGGUCACGUUUCUAAUAGUGCAUUCAGUAAUUGUCAUCAAAACUGUAGCUACUAGCAUGUAACCUACAAAACAGAAUAAGCCUCUCAGAGAAGAAUGAACAGUUACAGUUUGUGUGAGCUUUAAAAUUCUUUGACAUGGGCUAUUAUUAAGUGGCUUGGCCUAUUGCAUAAAGAGAUUUUUGCUGGCCAGUAUUUAAAAAAGUAUGUUUCCUAUAUGGCUACAUCUUGGACUUGGCAUGGGGGUGGUCCUGACACUGAGAUUUGCGAUUUGUCUUUUUCCAUAGUUGACUGUGGCUUUCUUAGAAUUUUAUGAAUGUUGAAGAAGCUACAGAUAAGAUUUAAUUAGAGAAAAGGAUAGAAUUUUGAGCAGUGUAACCAAAGAAUGCAUUAUAACUAUCUUGCCUCUCAAAAAUGUAACGAUAGUACACAUUGCUUUUGAUGAGCAGUUAUAAAUCAUCUGUAUAAUUUCUAUUUUUUCUAAUUUUUUUAUUUUCCAGAUCCAGUUGAACCCAUAUCAGUACAUCUUCCCAGAAAUUUCCCAGUGUGUGUGACAAUAUAUGGAUAAUAAAUUGUGGAAUCCAUGCUUAAAAUUAGCAACAAUAUCUUAAUAAAUGUAUGAUAACUUUUGUUUGAAAA